GGUGCGCGCAGCCUCUGGGACUGCAGGCUACUGUUAAGUGGACUAAUAAUGCACGGGCGGACGUGGUAAUUGCGAAAUAUGAGCCGUCACACGCGAGACAGCAUGGUACCCGGACCCAAACUCAGGUGCAGCGACUUCACUUGUGUAACCGAUGUCAGCAGAGCUUCACCGAGUCUAUAGAGACCGCGUCUUCUAACUGCACGUGCACAGGAUGAGACUGGGGAAUUAGAACAACAAAACAAAAACUCUUGCUUGCUGUGUUCCUGUGCUUCUUCAAUUCUCCCUUCCAACCGCAGCAGCUAUGCUACCAAAAGAUCACAACAGUGACGGCAAGGCAGCCAAAAUAAUCCAAUAUGAAAUGACUGUGAGCCAUGAAGGCCCAAAGAAAGAGAAGAAGAUUCAAUAUGUGGAUCCGCCCGAUGGAGGAUGGGGAUGGAUGGUGGUCCUUCACUGUUUUCUAGUGAAUGUUCUAGUCAUGGGAACGCUGAAGAGCUUCGGAAUCUUCUUUGUGGCGUUCCAAGAUGAGUUUGGCGGUUCCGCUGAGAGCAUCAGUUGGAUCGGCUCCAUCAUGUCCAGCCUUAGGCUAUCCGGAGGUCCUCUGGCAUCGGUGGCGUGUGCCAAGCUGGGGGUCCGGGUGACGUCUAUCAUGGGAGCGCUGUUUGUCACCACAGGCUUCAUCAUCAGCAUAUUUGCCACCCAUGUCGUCUUCCUGUACAUCAGCAUGGGCCUCAUCGUGGGUAUUGGGUUUGCUUUCCUGUACCAGGCCAGCUCGGUUGUCACGGCGACAUAUUUCCGCAAAAGGCUGGCCACGGCCUACUCCAUUGGCCGCUCAGGGAUGGGCCUGACCUUUGCCCUCGCCCCCUUCACUCAGGUCCUUCUGGACCACUACGCCUGGCAAGGGGCUCUGCUGAUCCUGGGGGGACUCAUGCUGAACCUAGUGGCGUCCGGGAUGCUGUUGAGGCCCAUCAACAUCAGGCCUGCGUCCUCCCCGCCCCCCUCCGCCCCCUCCUCCCCUCCAGUGUCCUCGCCCUCCAGCCAAAAAAAGGCCAGCCAGAACGGGCUUUCAAACGGACACGAAAAGGAACAUCUCACGAACGGAGUGAAUGGCUCCACACACACGCCUACUACUACACCCAUACCAACACCCACAACGCCCUUGGCCAACGGGUUUGCCAAAACAGACACUUCCUCCCCUCCCCCGUCAUGGGCCUCGUCCAGCCCGGAGUUGAAAUCUCUGGGACGGUCCAAUGGGACGAUUACAGACGUUAGCCCACAGCUGCCCCGUAGUAACGGAGUGAACGGGCUGGAAAAUGGGCUGGACAGCGAUCAUCGCAGCAAGACGCCAGUAGAUGGACAUUCACUGGAGCUAAAUGGAGGCUCUUCCGCUGUGGUGGUGGGUAGUGCGUCACUGCUGGAGAAGCCAGUCGCUAAAGACUACACGCCUCCGAAACCCAAAGCCUUGGACUUCUCCCUGCUGAAGAACCCCUUCUUCUGCAUCUACACCUGGUCUCUGGUCUUCAGCCAGCUGGCCUACUUCAUCCCGUACUUCCACCUGUCAGCCAGAGCAAGGAAUCUUGGGAUUGAUCCCAUGGACGCCUCGUUCAUCAUCUCAUUGGCAGGAAUCACAGAGACCAUGGCGCAGCUGGGCUCCGGCUGGUUGGCGGACCGGAACUAUGUGCACAAGUACCACUACCACAAGGCCUACCUGAUCCUCUGCGGAGUGGUGAACCUACUGUCGCCCCUGGCAACCUCCUACAUCCUGCUGAUGGUCUACGCCGUCUUCUUCGCCAUAUUCUGCGGAGGAUACAUGGCACUGCUGCUGCCCGUGCUGGUGGACCUUGUGGGGUCUGAGAAGGUGAAUAACUCUAUGGGUUUCUCCAUGUUCUUCGUGGGGCUGGGCUGCCUGACGGGCCCACCUCUGGCAGGUUUCCUGUACGACUACACCCGGACGUACGACUGUUCCUUCUACCUGGCGGGCGUGUGCUACCUGCUCUCCUCCGUCUCUCUCUUCCUGGAACCGUUGGCACGGAGAUGGCAGUCAAGGAAGCAGCGCCUGGAGGACAGGAAGAACUCCGCCACAAGCGGGAGGGUCAACGGCUGUUUCUGCGCCGAACCCACCAGGAACGGUGUAGUCUAGCAGGUGUGUGGGCGUAUGCGGAGGGAGAGCGAAGGGUUCAAACAGUAAUGUCUUCAAAUGCCCUCAUACGCAUUCUAAAUUUACUCUUCAAUAGCUUGAACGUCAACGGCUCUUUCUGCGCCAAACCUCCCCGGGAACGGUAUUGGGAAGGUGCAUGUGUGGAGGGGGAGGGAAGGUUCAAACAGCAGUAUCUCCGAACUAUGAUCCUCUACACUCUACACUCCUUUUUUUAACUUUUUGGACGUCUACAUGAUGAAACAUUGAAAUGGGAAUCAAGUCAAGCCCUCAACUCUCACCCAACUUCCGAACUUCCGAGCGCCCAUGACUCAAGAUUGAGAGAACCACCCUCCAAUCUCCUCUGCAGCACGUUGGACAUCCAAUGUCUCCUUUCACUCAACCCCCACUAUCCACACACCCAGGGCCACUGACAGCUUUCGCUGGGCACAGAACAAAGUCACCUGAAAGGGCCCCCCAUCCAAUACAUACAAUGUAAUGGAAACACAAUUUUGGCCCCCCUUUCUACCGGGGCCUGGGACAAAUGACCCCCUUUUCCCCCCCUGUCGGCUUCCCUGCACCUGUACACCACACUCCCCGGCCUCCACAUCCUGGACCUUCAGGUGUGGGUGGGUGGUCCAAGGUGGUAUUGGUUGGAGGAACGCCUCCAGCUUCAGAGUACUUUUAUUUCCUUCAAAGGAGAAACAGUAACCGUAUGCAAUAAUAAUAAUAAUUCUGACCAACACACACCACCACAACACAGUGCUUGAUGAAACGGAGCCUGCUGCCUUAGAUUGCAAAAUGAAAUUGUGUUAAUCUUGUUUUGUAACUUUUUUAUAUAUAUGUAUGCCAAAUGCAUUUAUAAUAUGACCUAUUUUUGUUGUUAUUGUUACUAUUAUUAUUAUUAUUAUUAUUAUUUCCCCCCUAUUGUUUCCACUGGCAUCCUGUCCUUUUGAAAAGACAAAACUUGAUGAAUAGACUUUUGCCUUGCUCACUAUUGAUUGUAUUUUUUGGAUUGUUGCUUUUCACGGUGAUCAAAGGAAGGGCAUAUUAGAUUGUAUGUAUUUCACUCUUUAGAUUCUUUUAUGUCAGUAUGUAACAUGUUUUUAUGUAUGUUUUAGUCACCAAUAUGCACUUUUUUGCCAAAACUAGGUUGAAUUGUUCUGGUGCGAAAGCCCAGAUGGUUCUUUUAUCUUUCUUGGGCCAGAGACUGUUUGCUGCAUAGAUGUCAACCUCAAAAGAGGAUAUCACUACAGUACAAAACAAAACUAUUGUUAUACUUUUUUUCUUCUUUUUCUUACUGCACAGUUCAACUUCCUUGGAAGGUUGUUGAGCUGCAUUAGUGGUGGUUGACCGAGUGUUGGGAGAGCUCAGAACGUGACGUAAGAGUGAAAUGCGUGCCCUGUGUGCACAUUUUGUCACCAGUUCUGUCCCACACACAUCUACCUCUCUUCUUGUAGUUAUCCCACAGUAGCCCUGUACAGUUGGCCAGUUGGCCCAACCAUUUUAAAUACAGAUUUUAAUGGUGCAGAACUGGAAUUUAUAUAUUUUUUUGUAUUGAAAAUGUCAGUAGUUUGUUUCUCUUUGUUUCCUGCUACCACUCUGCCUUGGUACUGUAUGCUUAUCUUUAUUACUAACGAUGCUGUGAUGAUGUAAGCCAAAGAUGCAGUAGACGACCUAUUCUCUUCUUUACAUUACAUCCAUCUCUAACUACAGCAUGUAGCUCUCAAUGUCUGUCUGCUCUGCUGUGUGCUUGGCACCACCAGGAGAUUUUCCUGUCUCAUGUGCUCUCUGUUUUGAUUUUGAAACCUUCCAUGGAACACACAACAAUGUGUUCUGUUGUAGACUGCCCUCCAGUGGUGAGGAGGGGGUCAUUGCAGGAGGAAUGUCACUUUAAUUAGUGCAAAUCUCCUUUCACUCUCUCACUCAAGUCAGCACUGCUCUGGGCAGCUUACCGAAAUCCACUCCAAGCCCCACAGUCACUGGACUCACGCAUUGAUCCUUAUGUAACCCAUUUUCUCCCCCAUUUUAUUCUCCAAGCCAAGAAAAGAAAAGCGAGGAAGAAAAAAAAAGUCACAGCAUGGAGACUUUGGCAAAUGCUGUGCGUCUGGAAUGGCUUUGUGACUGUGAGAGUAUAUAUCCACGUAUACCACCCAAGGGGUUGAAGGUUCAUGCUCUUACCAUACAUUGGCCACAAUGUUGUGCGAUGGGUUUCCUCGAUUGGUCUUCUACAAUGAGACAUGGAUCCAUAGACUUGGGUACACUUGAGACCUUGUGUAGCCUAAGCAUUAACGCAGGUGUGGGUGAUUACUGCAAUGCUGAGUUGGUGAUUCUCAGUGAAAUGGAGUGCUGAGCAGAGUCAAAGUACUGGUUGUAAUCUUUUAUAUGUGUGUACAUCUAUGGGGUCCUGGUGGUUGGGAAACUGAUUGCAAAGGUGUUAACAGCUGAUUUUUUUUUUUCAAUUUAGUGGUCACAGCUUUCAUCUUGUCUGCAAUAAAGACUUAGCGCGGCCACUGAUUAAGCAGUCUUGUGUUCAUGUUGAAGUGCCUAGCAGCUGAUUUUUGUUGUUGUUGUUGUUGUCAUACGUGUGUGACCCAAUGAGGUAGCCUAACACUUUAUUUGAAUGGGUCUACAUUAGGGUAUCAUGUAACUGACAUACCUAUAGCAAUAACACGACAUGUCAUUGUUGUGUCAUAAAUGGUUUUCGGAAUGUCAUGACACUCAAACAAUGUCAUCUUGACAUUCCAAAACCUGAAUGACACAUUAUGAAUAAUCAUAAACAUCA